GGUACAUAUAGAAAUUUGGAAUAGAAAUCUGGAAAGUCUAGCCCAGGCUGGCCUUAAUCUAAUAUCCACUAUCAUUCCAAUUUUAACCUCAACCUACUCUCGAAAUUAUUACAUUGGCUUCUAUAGAGAUAGAGGCCACAUACCCAAAAAUGGCAUCGGAUAAUGGUCAGGAUAGAGAGGUCUUAAACGGAGCAGCCCCGGCCUCUAUCUCAGCUCAUAUCAUUGACUUUAACGAUACCGACGUAAAAUAGUAUACAGGCUACUUCGUGAUGACUAUCAAAGAUGUCCUUACACCAGGUGAAUGUGCAGACCUGCUUAAACUCAUCAGCCCGCCUAACGAUGCCGCCUGGCCUACCGCUACGGUAACUGCUUACGAUAGCUCCCAGAUCCUAGACCCGAAGUCUCGUUUCUAUAACCGAAUUUUCUACACAUCCCGAGCUCUCGCUGAUUGUCUCCUAGAGCGGAUACUCCCACAUAUACCCCCUGACGUAGUCACUUUGAAAGACGCACCUGACAUCACCGGUCAGUUCCCCAUAAUCCGUAACGAGACGUGGCGAGUCUCCCGGCUAAGACACGAGCUGCGAUUUUUAAAGUACGGUCCAGGUCAAUACUUUAAGCCGCAUUGCGAUGGGCAAUUCGUUGAUAAAGACGGGGCUAGGAGCUAUUACUUGACUGUCCAUCUAUAUCUGAAUGGUGCCGAGGACGUGGAAGGGGGCGUAACGAGAUUCGCGGUAAACUUUGAGGACCCUCGGGAAGGAAAAUUAGAUAUUAACCCUACAGCGGGAGGCUUGGUGGUUUUUCAGCAGAGGGACAUGUAUCACGAAGGGGUUAUAGUGACGAAGGGAACAAAGUACACUAUGAGGACAGACGUCAUGUAUGAGAAGAUAUAAAUCCUUUAGGCUAGCUUCAGAGACCCUUAUGAUACAAACCUGGAGUGAAUAAACGUGUCAAGAUUGAUAGAAUGGGU